UGUGAGGUUAUAAAACAGAUGAAUGAGAAAAAGACAUAUUUUACAAAAUUUCAAUUUUGUAACAAAAACAUCAACAGUAGUACAAAAUUCUUACCGGUAGUUGUGAGGCAAUACAAAACACGUAGCAAGCACCAUGUCUGAGGAAAUAGAUUCUGACAACGAAUUGGAGGAGAACUAUUACAGUUACUUAAAUGUUCCCAAAGAUGCUUCCUCCGAACAAAUCAACAAUGCCUAUCGCAAACUAUCGCGUAUGUAUCAUCCGGACAAGCACAUGGAGGCAGAGAAUAAGCAAAAGGCUGAGCUAAUGUUUAAUAGGACUAAAAAAGCGUACGAAGUACUUUCGGAUCCCCACAAGAGAGCAAUUUAUGAUUCAGUGGGAGAAAAGGGUCUGCGUACCGAUGGUUGGGAAUUGGUGCAAAGGCAAAAAACUCCUGCCGAAAUACGUGAAGAAUAUCUGCGACUUGCUGAGGCAGCUGAGGAGAGAAAACUUUUGCAAAGCACCAAUCCCAGAGGAAAUGUUACCAUCAAUGUUAAUGCCACAGAAAUAUUUUCGCCCUAUGAUGAAAGUGAGUUUCCCCGCAUCGAGGUAUCUUCGAUGAGCAUAUCUCAAUCAAUUGAGGCUCCAAUUACAAGGACCGAUACAAUGACAUUAAGUGGCAAUUUAAUGUCAUCAAAUGGCAAUGGCUCGGGGGGCUUUGUAAUAUGUGGCAGACGUCUUUUGAACAAGGGAUGGCUGGAACUGGAUGUGGGGGCGGGCAAUGGUUUGUUGGUAGGAAUAAAAGGUGGUCGUACCCUUUCAUCAUUGGUAACAAUGAAUGCUGGCACCUCUGUUAACUUUCGGGAAAAUGGUGUAAUUCCCGGUAUAUUUUCCACCCUAGCAGUGCAAUUGGAUAAGCACACUUUGGGCUCUCUGACUUUAAAUGUUGGUGGACAGGCUUCCAUGACCACGCAGGUGGAUCGCAAUGGCGAACGACAUGCAUGGUCAACAUCAUUUGUUAUAGGUUCACCGCACAUCUAUUUUAGCAUUGCCUAUACACAUAAGAUGAUAGAAAAUGAACUAAAAUUGAAGGCGGUGGCCAAAGUGGGUACUUUUGGCUUCAUGGCAGAAUAUGGAGCAGAGAAGAAAAUUUCCAAAUAUAGUUCGGUAUUUGCGGCGGUCUCCAUUGGUGUACCCACAGGGGUAAUUCUAAAGUUCAAAGUAAUACGCUCACAACAGUCCUAUGUUUUUCCCAUACACCUAAGUGAAGAAAUUGUUCCAGCCGCAGUAUUUUAUGCCACUGUUACACCGGUCAUUGUUUGGUUUUUCGUCAAGAAAUCCAUUAUAGAUCCUAUGCUUGCAGAGCGUAAAAAUAUUGAAAUUGAGAAAACCAAACGUACCAAUGAACAGCGUAUGGCACAGAAACGCCUAGAGGCUAAGGCUGCUGUGGAAUUGAUGCAACAUACGUAUGAACGUAUAGUGGAAGAGGAAAAAGAACGUCAAGGUUUGGUCAUAGUCAAGGCCACUUAUGGUCAAACGCAAGAAAGCAAUCAAAAUGAAUUUGUACCAGAGGCUUCGAUCGAUGUUACAAUACCGGUACAAUGUUUAGUCAAAGAUGGCACCCUAGAAAUGUUUAAUACACCGAAGAGUGAUUUGCCUGGUUUUUACGAUCCUUGCAUAGGCGAAUCAAAAGUUUUGCUUAUUAAUUACAUGCACAACAAUGCUAAUAAAUCGAUUGUAGUUAAAGAUACUGAAGCUGUUAGACUGCCACGAUAACCGAAAUGUUUCCUUAUAUCACAAUUGUUGAUUAUUAGUUCGUCCCCCUUUUUUAUUGAUAUUUUUUGUUUAUAAUUUUUUGUAGGAUUCAUUAGAAUUACAAAAAUCAUUCAAGAUAUUAGGAUCUAUACACAACAUGGCUAGGUGAAUGCUCUUUCGAUGUUAUUGUGUUAAAUUUUUUUAAUGAAUUUAAGAUUGACGCUUAAUAAAAAGUACAUAUAAAGAAAAAAUAACGCUUUUCCAAAAGUGCAUAUUUAUCGAUCUA